AUGGCAGGAGAGGUGAUCCCUCCGCCGUACGUUAUAACAGCGGAUGACAAGCGCGGCCUGAUCGUUGUGACCGGUGCAGCUGUCUUAGCCUUUGUCUGGUCUUGUUUUCUGAUCCGAGUAUGGUUGCGCUGGCAAUCAAGAGAGUGGCGAUCCGAUGACUGGUGGCUCACAGCGGCAACCCUGCUGGACACCGUUCAAUCAGGCAUCAUCUUCCACCUGGUAGAGCUUGGAUUAGGUGCCUCACAGGCUGGUGUACCAAUAUCGCAACUCCAGCAGCUUGGGAAUGAAGGUUUCGCGUCGCAAAUCAUUUAUAUCUUUGUGAUACUCGCCUCGAAGCUAUCGGUGCUGUUCCUGUACCUACGACUAUCGCCUGGUGGAGCGCAUCGCAUCGCAUCAUGGUCACUCGUAGCCUUGUCCUGUGUAUGGGCACUGGUGUCGGUCAUAUUGGUUGCCAUACCAUCGAUACAAAGUCCCGAGAACUAUCAUUCGUUUUUGCUGACGACCAAACAGUGGCCAAAAUGGCUGAGUAUAGGCACCUUCGACAUCAUAACCGAACUCUUCAUCUUCCUCGCAGCAGUCCACUUAAUCUACUCGCUCCAAAUGCGUCUUCGCACCAAGCUGCUUGUAAUAUUGGCCUUCGGCGCACGCCUACCUGUCAUCGCAAUUGCAGGAGUACGCCUAUAUUACCUCGACCAACGCCUGCGCGGGGUCACUUUCACCUUUGACUACGUCGUAGCCACGCAAUGGCAAAUGGGGUACGCAAUCAUGUCAUCCACAAUUACAGGCAUGGGCCCCUUUCUCAAGCCUUUCGAUAAGGAGUAUGUGUCUAGUACGUAUAAGCACUAUGGACCAGGACAUAGCUCGAGUGGUGGGACGUCAGGGAUGAGAAUGGAAAGUGGACUUAGUACGACUGCGAGUACCGGUUUACCACCGAGGAGACAAGGACUUGGGCAUCACCAUCACAGGGGAUCUACGGAUAACAUCUCUGAAUCCUAUUUGAUGGACACGCUGCCCAGUCGGCGGACGAGUAAACAGUCCAUGGGAAACGAAGAUCGCGCCAACUCUCUCGAACCGAUGCAGUCGGGUAGUCCGUCGUCUCGAGCAUCUCCAUCUGCGCCAAAUGACAUCUUGAUGACGGCAGAUGAACACUUUCGUCCCGCGCACAUGUAUCGUGGACAUGAAGCAGAAGUCUGGGUCGGAGAUAGAAGCCUGAGCAUUACGAGGGAGGAGAUGGAAAGAGCUGCCGCUUCCGGGAGAAGUGCACCCAAGUCUGGAACCAAGCUGGUGAUUGGGGAAAAGAAGGAGUUUAAGAUCGAGGUUGAUCGUGUUAGUCGUCUUAUCUGA